UUUGAGUUUUAUUUUUCGUUGUAGCACAGUUUCAAAUUUGCCUGGAUUCUUAAAGAAAUCCAACAAAAGGAACAACAGUAACAAAAACAGAAACAGCUUUCUUUUCAGUAGUCACAGAGUGAGCAUCCUUGUGGCCAGAUCAAAAUCUCAGCUGAACAGGAAAGUCAGAUAAAAUGGAGUCAAUAUUAAAACAACCUACAACCGAUUCCUUAGGUAGUAUUCUCUCAGCUUAUCUUAUCUGGAUCGGUUUCUUAGUGUUGGCUCCAGUGAUUGUGUUUGGAUGCAGCCAAUGUUGUAAGAAACAUAAAGAACUUUUAUUGGGAGAAAAUCAGCAACUAAAAGAAGAAAAUGAAAAGCUGGAAGAAAAAAAUCAAUUCUUAGGUGUCCGUUUCUACAGAGUGGACCUUACCUUGGAUCCCAAAACAGCUCAUCCAAGACUGAAAGUAUCUGAAGAUGGGAAAAGUGUGAAGGACACUGGAAAUAUUCAUGAUGUCUCUAAGAGUAAAGAGAGAUUUGAGUCCCAUACAUUUGUCUUGGCAAAACAAUUUUUUUCUGAAGGCAGAUAUUACUGGGAAGUAGAGGUUGACCAGAAAAAUAUGUGGGAUUUAGGUGUUACAUCUGAAUCUGCUCCUAGAACAGGGAAGAUCACAUUGUCUCCUCAGAAUGGUUACUGGGUCAUAGGGCGUGAUAAUGGGAAAGAUUACUGGGCUCGGACAGACCCUUGGACAUGUCUGAAUAUGCCAAGAAAGCCAACAAGAAUAGGGAUAUUCCUAAAUAUGAAAAGCCAUGAAAUUUCUUUUUAUGAUGCUCCGAGGGAACAUAAACUAUAUACCUUUCUCAAUGUUGCUUCUGGGAAAUUGUAUCCUUUCUUCUCAACAGGUUCUGUAAUAGGAGAAGAAUUUGAUCGUGGGACACUGAUAAUCCCACCAUGGUUUGAAGGAGAAGAGGUAGUGGAAGAAAAUGAAAUAAAUAAUUAGGGCAGAUUUUAGUUUAGACAGGCUUCUUACUGUCCUUAUUAAAGAAUGAAAUCCACAAACUGAGACUGAUGAUAAAAUCUAUCCAGUGUACAUAAUGUGGAAUACAUUUUCCGUGAAGGCAUUUACAAUUUUAACUCCAUAAUUCAUGUGCUAAAAACACGAUGAUAUACUUACGGUAUUUUAUAACAUACAGUUAUCCCAUUCUUAGAUUCAUAUUGAUACAUCAGGUUUUAUUAUGAAAUGUAAAUAUAUGUUCCUUUUUUAUUUCAGUUAGCUGCAGUUUCCAUAGCCUUAAAUUACCGUAGUUUUGAUUAUAGAACGUUUGAUUACAACAGUCAAAUAAGGCAAUUCUUUUAUUAAUGUUCGGUAUUGCUUGUAUAACUUAUAUAACCUUAUAACUUUUUCUUCCUCUGUAAAUUUUUAAUAUUGCAGCAUUGCUAACAAUUAUUGACUGUAAUAUUAAACACUGGUCCUGAAAUAAAUAUGUUAUAUUAAUGUACUGGCUAAAGAAAGUAGCAAAGAUGAGAGCUAUUCAGAUAUAUAGAUCAGAAUGCAAUGAGGCAUUACUUACCACUUGAUCCCAACCAUGUGCCAUCUACCAGAUGUUUUUAACCAGCCAGGAGGGGCACUGCCCCAAGACAUAGGUGGAACAGCUCACACCCCCAAGGACCCUGUCCACUUCCUUGGGAGUAAUUGGCUCAAACUCUUCCCCGAUCACUGAGCAAAGAUGUGCCCCAGCCACUUCCAAUGGACCUGCCUACCCAGUGUCCAACUCCGAGUGAAGUUGAAUGACUUUAUCCAACAAAUGCCAAGGGUAUUCCUCACAGCAGCCCUGCAAAGGCUACCCUAGUCCCUCCUUGCUCAGAAGGGUCCUGGUCACCCUAAACAGGCUGCUGGCUGGUUAUCUGCAGAUGCAGUAAGAACAGAGAAGGAAGUUCGCUUCCCUG